AUGGGUUGUAUUUCUAUUCUAGGUUCCUUAGUAUGGGCACAUCAUAUGAUGACAGUCGGUCUAGAGGUAGAUACCAGAGCUUAUUUCUCUGCUAUGACUAUUAUGAUUGCAAUUCCUACCGGUACUAAGAUUUUCAACUGGUUAGGUACCUAUAUGGCUAGCCAUACAACUACAAGAACUGUAGAUCUAUGGGCUGCUCUUAGUUUUAUCCUAUUGUUUACUCUAGGUGGUACUACAGGUGUAGUUAUGGGUAACGCUGGUAUGGAUAUUGCCCUACAUGAUACAUACUAUAUUGUAGCUCAUUUCCAUUUCGUAUUAUCUCUUGGUGCAGUACUAGCUACUAUAUGUGGCUUUAUCUUCUAUAGCAGAGAUAUGUUCGGAGAUACUGUAAAUCUAUUCCAUGUAAAUACCGGUGCUUCUCCAUAUUUAAGCAUCUGGUUUGUAGUCUUCUUAGGUAGUAUCUUAUUAAUUUUCAUCCCUAUGCAUAUACUUGGUUUCAACGUUAUGCCAAGAAGGAUACCAGAUUACCCUGAUUAUCUUUGUUAUAUUAAUACAUGGUGUUCAAUUGGUUCUAUAUCCACAAUAGUUAUCAUCUUAACUAUGCUCUGCUAA